AUGGUGAACGUGGACGGCCUCAAAAAGCAUGCGUCGCAGUACAAAAUGGGCAAAGAUACGGUGACCGAGUAUCACAAACAGUAAGUUUUUACUGCGCUAUGUUGACAAUUUUAUGCACAGUACUACAAGAACAUAACACCAAGUUUUUGCAUCCUACUCUUAUCACCCCCCAUCCCGGGAGUAGCCAUCACUUUUUUAUAAAAACGGCCUUUUGAUCUCAUUAAGCAUAUACCAGAAAUACCUUUGUUGCACGGUACAAUACAGUACGUCACUAAAAUGAAUCUCAAACGCUUUUUAAUCAGCGCUAAAUUAGCAUACUUAUCAGAAAUCUAUCCGGCCUUAUCAACUACCUAAUCUCCAUAACAUCUUUAAGGUUGUUCAAGAAGCACCCCGAGAUGGCAGAUCACUAUGGUGCUGAUGGAAUCGACCCUGACCGUCUAGGUGCUUCCCAAAAGUUUGUUAUGUUUGGAUCGGCGGAGUUACAGUACUUUUUCCAACUGCCUGGAGCGUUCGGAGAAGAUAGAAAGUGGAGAUCAGCCCUCUCCAACUUCAAAGAACAGUACAGUGACGUUGGCGUGCCUCUUAGCGAGUUCUACGUAAGUAAUACUAUAAAAGCAAAGAUAAUAUAAAUUUGUAAUUUUAUUGCCUUAUUAUAGUCCGAAAGGCCACCAAAAACGAUGUAUAGUUAAAUUAGGUAACAAUUUACAGUUUUCUUUCUGUUUUUCGACUAAUUUGGUCUAUAUUAAGGUAUAGUUGCAAGUAUAUCGCUGCAAACACAAGCUAAAUGUAUGAUAACUUUCAAAAGUUGAUUUCUCUUUCAGAAGGUAACAGAUGCUUUCCUCGCGGCCAUGGAGAAGAAUGCGGGCGGGGUGUCGGCCGAACAGAAAAAGGAUUGGGAGGAGCUGCUGACGAAAGCCUACAAUGAUAUGAAAUCGUGGAAAUGGUUCUGA